CCCUCAACAAGUGGUUUUUCCCUGUUUCUUUCCUUUGAAAGAAUUUCCUCAAAAUUUCCAUUAAUCUUUUGAAAAUAAAAAAAAAGUACUUUUUUCCUUUUUUUCUAAAGUGUCUUUUGUGAAAUUUUUUUUUUUUUGAAAAAUGAGUGGUUCCGGAAAAGGUCUUUUGGGAAUGUGGUUGUACAGAAGAGGCGAGGAGUGGACAAUUAAAGAAGGUAGUCCUAUUCAUAAACCGCGAAAUAUUACUCACUUGGAGAAAGGAAAUGAAACAAAAAAUUCCGUUGUCUUCUCCCUGAAGAAUCAAGUCGGCGGCUUAGCUCGUGCUUUGCAAGUGUUUCAAGAUCUUGGCGUAAAUGUGGUACAUAUUGAAUCGAGAAAAUCUGCGAGAAGAGGAUCGGAGUAUGAAAUUUUGGUAGACGUUGAAUGUGACUCGAGAAAAAUGGAACAAUUAACGAGAAUGUUGAGUCGUGAGGUAGCGGCGAUAAAUCUUUCGCAAUAUGAAGAAACUGGAACCGUUCCUCAUUCUCCGCACGCUCCCAUGCUCUCGGCAGCUCCCAGUUUUGAUUUCAGUGAAGUGAAUAUGCAAUGGUUUCCAAGGAAAAUUGCCGAUCUUGACAAUGCUCAAAAAGUUCUUAUGUACGGUUCUGAACUUGAUGCUGAUCAUCCCGGCUUCAAAGAUCCCGUUUAUCGCAAGCGACGUGAACAAUUUGCUGAUAUUGCUAAUAAUUACAGGCAUGGACAACCAAUUCCCAGGAUUCAAUACACACAAGAAGAAAUAAAAACUUGGGGAGUAAUAUUUCGCGAAUUACAUCAGUUGUAUUUGAAAUUUGCCUGCAAAGAAUAUCUCGAUAAUUGGCCAAAAUUGGAAAAAUAUUGUGGUUACAGAGAAGACAAUAUUCCUCAACUGCAAGAUGUGAGCUCUUUUCUAAAAAGAAUGACGGGCUUUCAGUUACGACCUGUUGCUGGUUAUUUAUCGCCACGAGACUUUUUAUCUGGACUUGCAUUUCGUGUCUUUCAUUGCACUCAAUAUAUUCGCCACUCAUCUGAUCCAUUUUACACUCCUGAGCCGGAUUGUUGCCACGAGCUUUUGGGUCACAUGCCUUUGUUGGCAAACCCCAGUUUUGCUCAGUUUUCACAAGAACUCGGUCUCGCUUCUCUUGGAGCCUCCGACGAGGACAUUGAUAAAUUGGCCACAUUAUAUUUUUUCACCGUUGAAUUCGGUUUAUGCAAACAAGACGGAAUUCUUCGUGUAUACGGAGCUGGUCUCUUGUCAUCAGUUGCUGAAUUAAGACACGCGGUGACUGCGCCGGAAAAAACUUUUAGAUUUGAUCCGGAAGUAACUUGUAAACAAGAAUGUAUUAUAACGGCCUUUCAGAAUGCCUAUUACUACACAGACAGUAUUGAGGAGGCAAAAGAAAAAAUGAGAGAGUUUGCUAAUCAAAUUCAACGUCCAUUUGGUCUGCGCUACAAUCCAUAUACACAAUCAGUUGAUGUUUUAACGGAUGCACAAAAAAUUACCGCACUUGUCAGCGAAUUACGCGGUGAAUUCUGUAUUGUUUCCAAUGCUCUUCGUAAAAUUCAGGAACAAGACGACACUGUUGAUAUUGAAAGUAUCACCAAUUUUUUGACCCAUGGAAUUGAUAUUCCCGCAGAGAGUUCAUCAGAAAGUGACGAUGACAAAAGUCCCAAUGAGAGAAUGAAGAAUAAAAAUCCAGAGGACUAAAGAAUUUUCUUCAAAUAAUUCUACUGCGAGGAACCUAACACUUUUUUCCUGCAACUAAGUCUAUUAGUAAAUAUAUUACAUGAAAUAAAUAGAGAUAUUUAAUUACUAUAGUCACUAUUAUGUAUAUUAUAAUUUUAAAUUAAACGUUUUAAACAACUCUAUUUGUAAAUGCAACAAGUGCAUGAAGAUUUUAUUUCUAUAUAUAAAAAAGUGUUACCGGGAUUUAGAAUUUAUCCAAUUAGAGUUGUUUUAUCAAGUAUAAAAUAAUGAUAAUGUUAAAUAUUCAUCAAGUUUAAAGUUUAAUUGUAAAUAUUUCUU